UAUAGAGUGCACCACACUGUGACCGUCCAAGAAUUAAAAAAAAAUGAACCACAUGUAGAAGAUUAGAAUGUGUGGGAAUAACUCGUACGCGAUAGAAAGAGGAAAAGGGCGGUCUUUGUACAGUGAAACCAGUGGUACAGUACUUGUAUUAGUGUACAGUAAAACGACGGAAUAAACUCAGCGCAACGAACGGAAUAAUCAGUUGUGCACGAGAGUUUUAACGUGACGAGUCGUUGUUUCUCAUCCUAAUGGAACAAUCAAGACAUGAGAUAGUGUUUCGAGGGUAAAGAAAAAUCAGGAUAAGUUUCACUGUUAAAUCGUCUGAAUUAUUCGGAGGGUCAGAGAAAUAGCGUGCGGUUAUUCCAAUUCUAACGCCUUGCUUUUUCAUAAGAAACUAUCGCUAUAGUGACGUAUUAAAUGUUAUUGCUGUGGGAUAUAUUGUGAGCAGGAAGGCCUCAGACGUGACGUCAUCCUCUUUUCUUUCAUAUUUUUUUUUUUUGCUUCUGCAGGGGAAUCGUGCGGGCCGGUAUUGAAUGAAAGCCAUUCGAAGAUUUUACGAGGGGAACAGCACUGCAUGUGGAAAUAAUGGAAGGAUCCGGACAAAGGAGCCACUUGUGAUAUCUUCCCUUUAGCUCUGAGUGUUAAUUAAUAAGGGGCAAUGGUGCACCUCCCUUAGCGCCUGGAUAUGGUAACUAUGAGCUCCGAAAAGUCCGCCAGUCGGCGUAAACCCAUUGACAGCAGCGGCAGUUGUUCCAAAAAUACAAAUGAACAACACAAUGCCAGUGGUAAAUGUAGAAUUGGUACGACAUCGAAGAGAAAGGAGGAAACGACGACGGCGGAUGCUACUGUCAAAAGUGGUGCCGUCGAUAGGCCAAAAUCAACUGCAACCUGCGCCGAAGACAGUCCCAACUACGUCGUCUACAAGAAGAUGGAGUCUAUAGUGGAGAAAAUGUUGGACGAGACUAAUGGUGUCCCAGUGAGAACUGCCAAGACAUUCAUGACAAAGAUUCCUUCGGUUUUUACUGGUACGGACUUGAUAGCCUGGAUGAUGAAGAACAUGGACAUUGAUGAUCAAGAGGCUCUACGUGUAGCUCAUUUGAUGGCCUCCCAUGGCUACUUUUUUCCCAUCGACGAUCACUGCCUCACUGUAAAGAAUGACAACACUUUUUAUCGAUUUCAAACGCCCUACUUUUGGCCAUCAAACUGUUGGGAGCCAGAGAAUACCGAUUACGCUGUUUACCUGUGUAAGCGCACAAUGCAGAACAAAACACGAUUGGAAUUGGCCGAUUACGAAGCGGAGAAUCUCGCAAGACUGCAGAAGAUGUUUUCACGCAAGUGGGAAUUUAUUUUUAUGCAGGCCGAGGCGCAGAGCAAAGUUGAUAAAAAACGUGAUAAAUUGGAGAGAAAAGUAUUGGAUAGCCAGGAGCGAGCUUUUUGGGACGUUCACAGGCCUAUGCCUGGCUGUGUUAACACAACGGAAUUGGAUAUAAAGAAAGCCUGCAGAACAAACAAACCAAUGGUAAAAGCUAGUAAACAUCUCCAAUUGGGUGUAGCUGGUGGUAGAAUAUCACCGACUCAUGCGGAUGCGGAUAUUACACUAUCGAGUGAGAGUAUACAACGGGAAAUAGACAUGCUUAAACAACGACUCGACAGAAGGAACAUCAAGGUCUCCAAAGUUGCUGAGGCAUUGAUUGGCUACUUCGAACAAUACGUUGAGUACGAUCCAUUGUUUACACAGCCUGAGUUCAAUAAUCCGUGGAUAUCGGAUAGUACCGAGUUGUGGGAGCAGGAGAAAAUUGCGAAAGACAUUUCAGCGAGGAGAGUUAAGAGAUGGGGCUUUAGCCUCCAGGAGCUGCUGCAGGAUCCCAUUGGCAAAGAACAAUUCGUCAAGUUCCUGGAGAUGGAAUAUAGCAGUGAAAACCUCAAAUUUUGGGAGGCUGUUCAAAAUUUAAAAACACUACCUCAGCGUGACGUUCAGGCCAAAGUUGAAGAAAUAUGGAAUGAAUACCUGAGACCAGACGCUAGCUGUCCAAUCAACGUUGACUCCCGAUCAUUCGAGCUGACAAAACGAAAUUUGGAAAAGCCAGAUCGUUGGAGUUUCGAUGUUGCUGCCGCCCAUGUUUAUCAUCUCAUGAAGACUGACAGCUAUGCGAGAUAUCUGCGCUCAGAAAUGUACAGGGAUUUUCUCAAUGGAUCCAAGAAGAAGGCGUCUGUUAAGGGAAUUCGUAGCAUUGUACCAUUCGCUGGGAGGAAGGAUGUAGCACCAUAAGGGGAUCACAGGAACAAUUUUUGGUGUCUGAUAGGAACUUCUAUUCAGCCUGUAUUUUUUUGGUGCAAAUUAUUAAAUGUAUAUAAAGCAAUGGAGAAAUGACUAGCUGUAAGAAGAAUCAUCAUAAAGUUAGAAUUGUUGAAAUAGUUCAGGUGAUUAUUUUUUGUCCAAUGAAACAAUCACAAUAUCUCAGAAGACACAAAUCAUUGAAUUCAACUAAAAAAUUUAUCGGUGGACGGCUAUUUCCUCUGCAUUGCGCGAAAUGUUGAGUAAUAAUUAGAUUCAUGUGAAUGUGUAGAUCAUGAAUUAAGAAUUCACAAACGAAUUACACGUGAAAAUAUUUAAUAGAAAAACCUGACAGUUUCUACAAGAAAUUCUAUUGAAUCUCUAUUGGAAGUUUAUAAAAAUUUAUUGAAGUUCUUCAAGAGUUCUACUAGAAUAGAAUUUCCAUUUUUUGAAUUUUAUUAUGAGGAAAAUAAAAAUACAGUGCAAAUAAUUGGAAAGUCAAGACAUGAUACAACAAAUUUAACAAAAUGUGAUUUUUUCGAGAAUUCGAAUAGAAUUUCUUGAUAAAUUCGUUUUUCUGUUGAAAUUAUUCACGCGUGACUAUCAGUAGCCAAAAUAUGAAUUGAAAGAUUGAAAAAAGGACAGAAUUGUCCAGUGGAACAAAUUUGUAAAUAGUUAAAUUUCCUUUACUUCCAAAUUAAAAUGAAACUGAUAUUUUUGUUAAUUCCCCAAUUGAUUAACUAAAAAUUCCAAUGCCACGGGAAUUCGUGAAUUUUUCAAAUGAAAAUAACUGUAAAAUUCAGUUUAAUUGAAGGUGCUUUUUCAGACAAGUGAAUAAUUAUUUUGCCAUGUAAAUGGUUGUAAGUAGAGAUUGCGAUCAUAGAGUUGAAGAGAAGAAAUUUUUUUUCUUGUAGAUAUGGAUAUAGGAGAUGGUUGAUGAAAUAUUAUUUUCAGUAAUUCAUUAAAAUUAUUAUUCGAAAUGAAAUAA